AAAGAUUUUACUGAACUCUCUGUCUCUCUCUCUUCACCAGCAAAUGCAAAACGACAGCAUUUCAAGUGUGGCCUAUGGCAACUUCGUUGCCGGCGGAACGAAAUCGCAGGAGCAUCAAAACGGCGACGAAUUUACCUCUCUCUACUCGUCCUUCGUUUUGGCUCCAGAAACAACCACAAAGCUCUCUAUCUCACCUUACACGGAUCCAACCAUAAAUGACUCGCUCUACUACUCACGCCUGUUGAUGCAACAGCAACAAACUCAACAUCAGGACAUGGUCAACCGCCACAACCUCUGCCUCACGCGCCUCCGUGAGGCUGCCAGAGAAGCCGAGAGCCUCCGCCAGGAGAACGCCUCGCUCCGCUCCGUCAAUCGCGAGCUCAACAAGCACCUAAGCUUGCUCGUUAAGUCAACCGUGAGUGAUCUUAACAGUAAUGAUAAUAAUGGAAAUAGUAGUAACAGUAAUAAUAAUAAUGCUGCGACGACGUCGUUGGGGGUAGUGAAUGGGAUGCGUGGGCUGAGUAUUAGUGGCGGUGGAGGAGAGGAGGUUUGUGUUGAAAGUCCGACGAGUGUCAUAGAGAAUGUGGAUGUUAAGCGGGUUACGUUGCCAAAGAGUAUUUCUGUGAGGUCUAAUGGUUACUUGAAGAUGGGUCAAGCGACUCAAGCUGCUGCUACUACUGUUACUCCUGCUGCCAAUCCCACUAAGACUCGCCCUCGGACUCCGCUUAAGCCUACGCAAAAGGUGUACGUGCGAGGAGGGAAGCAAGAGGAGGAUCCACUUGAACUAGAAGUGUACAACCAAGGCAUGUUCAAGACAGAACUAUGCAACAAAUGGCAAGAGACAGGCACAUGCCCAUAUGGUGACCACUGCCAGUUUGCUCACGGCAUUGAAGAGCUCCGCCCUGUUAUCCGCCACCCGCGAUACAAGACCGAGGUCUGCCGAAUGGUCCUUGCCGGUGAUGUCUGUCCCUACGGCCACCGCUGCCACUUCCGCCAUGCACUCACUGACCAGGAGAGGUUCAUGGGCCACGUUAACUCCAGGUCUAUCAAGCUCAAUUGACAGGUAAAAACAAAUAAACAACCAAUUCUUGAACAAUUGUUAGAGAAUUGUAUAUGGGGUGAUGCAUGUUGAUGUUGAUUUUGAUGUGGAGAUGAUGAUGUUUAUAGUCAUAUUGAUAUGGAGUAGGAGGAGGAGGAGGAGAAGGAGAAAUGGUAAAUAAUAUUCUUACUCUAGAGAGUUAUAAGUAUAGCGGCGGACAUUACAAACAUAAUAUAAAAAUAACUAGCUACUUUGAUAAGUUGGACAAUCGAAUAUUAAAGACUUUGUGGACCUAAAGCUGCAAGAUUUGAAGAGGUUCUAUAGAGAGUUUUGUUGCAACCAAAUCGGAAUGCCUUGUAGUCAUAUUGUUUUUAGAUUCUGGUGAAGUAAACUUUUGAUUGAUGUUUCAUUCACGAAUGUUAUCUGCA